AAAAAAAGAAAGAAAAAAGCGAAUUUAAUCGAGUUAGAAAAUCAAUUUAAUGCUGGGCGGACUAAACUCCGGUGGUUUGCUGGUUCUUGGUCUUUUUAUCACCGUCUGCUCUCGUUCUUUGCUUCGCUGCAGGUCUCUGUGGUUUUAUUAUUCUUUCUUAGACUCAAGUAACAACUGAGAACUACGGCAAUGGCGGAUCCGGCUAAAGUCAGCCUGCUGGCACAGACAGACUCCACAGAUGGGGCACCCGAGUUUGAAGAUGUGACCUCGAAGCUCGUCGGCCAGACCGCACCACUACCACCGCUCACAGGCGCAGCAACCAAGCCCGGGACCGAGACCAGGCCCGCGGACUACUUCGACGUCCACAGCGAUUCAUCGUCGGGCGCAAACUCGCCCGUGCUCGGCGCGGCACGCGACUUCUCGGUCGAGACUCCUCAGUUCCCGAUAAGCGGGAUUGAGCCGGCGAGGGCCGGCAGCGGUGCUGCGGGCUCGCGCGCGGUGCUGAUGGGGCGGCAGGCGGUGGGGUCGUUGAAGGUGUGGUUUAAUGCGAAUAUCGGGUUGCUGCUGUUUGCGGUCGCGCAGCUGUUUAGCAGCUCGAUGAAUCUGUUUACGAGACUGCUGGAGACGUCUGCGAAUCCGCCGUUUCAUGCGCUGCAGAUUGUCUUCACUCGGAUGCUGAUUACGAUGAUUGCGUGUACUGGUUACAUGUGGUAUAGAAAGGUUCCCGAUGCUCCGCUGGGUCCCAAAGGAAUCCGAGGCCUGCUCGCCCUUCGCGGCUUCACCGGCUUCUUCGGUCUGUUUGGAAUGUACUACUCGCUCACCUACCUCUCUCUGUCCGACGCAACCGUCAUCAGUUUCCUCUCCCCCACCGUCGCGGGCUUUGCCUGCUCGAUCUUCCUCCACGAAGCCUUUGGUCGCAUUGAAUUCAUUGCGGGCCUCAUCUCCUUCGCCGGUGUGAUUCUGAUCGCGCAGCCGGGCAUCACGCCGCCUCCGUCAUCGACCGGUGGACACACAGUCACCUCCGCGCAGCGAUGGGGCGCGGUCGGUGUGGCCAUGGUUGGAGUGUUUGGCGCCGCGGGCGCGUUCACCGUGAUCCGCAGCAUAGGCAAGCGUGCACAUCCGCUUAUUUCCGUCAAUUAUUUUGCAAUUUGGUGCACAAUCAUCUCCUGCAUUGCGCUCAUUGCAACGCCUAGUAUAGGCUUUGUUUUUCCGAGCACGAUUCUGCAGUGGGUUCUUCUCCUGAGCAUUGGUGUGUGUGGAUUCUUGUACCAGUUCCUGCUCACGGCGGGUUUACAGCGCGAGAAAGCCGGGCGGGCGGGGAACAUGCUGUAUCUGCAGAUGUUUUACGCUUUCCUGUUUGAAAAGUUGGUGUGGAACGAUACGCCGGAUUGGAUGGAGAUCGCGGGCAGUGGCAUCAUUCUGGGCUCGGCGGUGUGGGUCGCGGUCAGCAAGCGCAGCUCGGAAGCCGUGUACUCGAAAGUUGGGUCUGGCGCUAUCUCGGAGGGGCCGAGGAGUCCUAGUCCUGAGGAGUCGAUUGAGAUGCGUAGCUAUUCUCGCGGCGGGGUUGAGUCGAGAGUUUAG